CCCGAUCUUGGCUCCGCCCUCGCCGCCGCGCGCGGCCUUCUAUAUAAACCGUACCUGCCGCUGCGUGCUCCGGCGUGCAACCGCCAUGGCCGACGUGCUCCUCGGCUCGGAGCGCCGCGUCCUCAUCAGCGCCUCCGCCCUCCCUCCGCCGGAGACCCUCCUCGGCCGCCUCGACCAGCUCGACCUCCGGUUGCGGCAGCUGGAGGAGCAGCGGCGGGCGAAUGCCGGCGACGGCGACGGCGGGCCGGCGGCGCACCACCAGCACAGCAAGUCGCUGCCGGCGGCGGCGCUGCAGCAUGUGCAGGCGAAGGGCAGCCUGAUGGACCGCCUCAACCUGCUCGAGUCACGCAUCAGGCAGCUCAGCUGCGAGCUGGACGUCGCGGCGGCGGCCGGCGGCUCGAGCGUGCCGGCGGUGGCGCGGCCGGCCGAGGACCGCGCGUGGUCGGAGCCGCCGCUGCCGGAGCCGUGCAAACACCAGGCGCCGGUUUGCGCCGCCGCCGCGGCCGGCGGCGGGAGCUGGAGCGGCGCGCAUUUCCUGUACAAGGGCGCGCGGCAGCUUCAUCGCACCAAACCGAACACAUCCACGAUGAAGAAUCUGAAGGAAGCGAAAUGUGCGUGCGAGAAGGAGAAGAGGAAGGCGGAGGAGCGGUGGAAGCCAGCAAGGAGGAGGUGGUUCAAUGUCGGAUGCUAAUAAUCAAACAAGAUAUCAUGCGUGGAUUAACUUAUCUAUCCUUAUUCUCUAAGUGCUUAUUACUCCUAUUAGGAGCUAGCUACUAUAUACCGUACGUAUACACAGUACUAUUAUGUACUCUCUCCGUUUCACAAUGUAAAUCAUUCUAAUAUUCCCCACAUUCAUAGUGAUAUUAAUGAAUCUAGACAUAUAUAUUUAUCUAGAUUCAUUAAUAUUAAUAUGAAUAUAGAAAAUGCUAGAAUGACUUAUAUUGUGAAACGGAGGAAGUAAGCGUUUUUGUUCUAUACGUAUUGUUUUAAUUCUUCUGUUCGAUGUUAGUGUCUGUUGUGUUAUUGGUUGUAACGUGCAAGACGUAUAAAAUAUAAACGGGAAUUUUUAGCUA